AUGCUAUCGUCUAUAAGGUUAUCCACAAGACUAAGCAGUAGAUUAUUGUUUUCAACACCUAUUGUUAAACAUCCAUCUAUACGACAAAUAGCCUCAAGAAAUCUUUAUAAUACAUCUAAAUUACUCAAUUCGAAACAAUCAAAGGAUGAUAAAGGGAAGCAAUCUAUUUUAACAGACGAUAUCCUAGCCCGUGCUGGUGUUGAUUUAGAUGCAGAACACUCAAAAAUGGAAGGUUCGCAAGCAGAUGAGCAGGCUAGUGGGAACAAUGGAGAAGCUAAACCAACAGAGGAACAGGGCCGUAAACGUAGAAAAAGACAAACAUCUACUGAUAUUAAAAGAGAAAAAUAUGCUAACUGGUUUUAUAUCUUUACAUUCUCUGCCAUUACAGGUGCAGGUUUAUACUUAACUAGAGAUUGGGAGCCUUCAGAAAGCGAAGAAUUGAAAGAUGAUAUCCCAAACGGAUAUGAACCAUCAUUAAUGUAUAAGAGAUUUAGAGCAAGAUUUAAUUCCAUGUUCAAAUACUUUCAAGAACCACCAUUCCCUGAUUUAUUGCCCCCACCACCACCUCCACCUUACCAAAGACCUUUAACUCUUGUCUUAACUUUGGAAGAUUUGCUAGUCCAUUCUGAAUGGUCUCAAAAACAUGGGUGGAGAACUGCUAAGAGACCAGGUGUUGAUUAUUUCCUUGGUUAUCUAUCUCAAUAUUAUGAAAUUGUCUUAUUCUCUUCGAAUUAUAUGAUGUAUUCUGAUAGAAUUGCUGAAAAACUAGAUCCAAUUCAUGCAUUUGUUUCUUAUAAUUUGUUCAAAGAGCAUUGUUUAUAUAAAGAUGGUGUUCACAUUAAAGAUUUAUCAAAAUUGAAUAGAGAUGAAAAGAAAGUUUUAAUUAUUGAUGUUGAUCCAAAUAGUUAUAAGUUACAACCAGAAAAUGCAAUUCCAAUGAAACCAUGGGAUGGCCAGAUGGACGAUAAAUUAAUUAGAUUAAUUCCCUUUUUAGAAUAUUUAGCUACUCAGCAAGUUUCUGAUGUUAGACCUGUGUUGAGUAGUUUUACUGAUAAGUACAAUUUACCGGACGAAUUCGAUGAAAGAGUUAAAAAAUUGAAGGCUAAGUUCCAUGCUGAUCAAGAAAAAGCAUCUUCAAAUUGGGUUAUGAAAGUUUUAGGUGGUCUUGGCGGUAUGCCACAGACAGGUAAAUCUAAAUUCCCAUUGGACUUAAUUAGAGAAGAAGGGGAAAAGAAUUACGUGAAAUUUAUGAAAUUAGUUGAAGAAGAAAAAGAAAAAAUUAAGAUUCAACAAGAGCAAUUAAGCGGUCAAACUUUCACAUUAAAAGAUUAUGUAGAAGGUAACAUUCCGACUCCAGAAGAGCAAAUGAAACUUCAGUUAGAGAAACAAAAGGAAAUAGAUGAAAUUUUCGAAGAAAGAAAAAAGAAUCAACAAAAAAUAGCACUGAUAAAUGAUUGA